AUGUAUCGUGUGAUUCGAGCGCGACCGGGCCUUCAAUGGUCCAAAGCUCUCCAACAGUCGUCGCGACGAUGUCUUGUGACUGAUGCCGAGGUCGACAAAGCGAGGCAAUACUGUGUCGCACAGUUACGACAGUCUGACUACGAUUCCUACCUGAUACGAAACUUUAUACCCAAAGCGCGACAAGACGCCUACGAUGCCUUUCGCGCCUUCAACCUCGAGCUGGUGCGACUUCCCGAUCUCGUGUCGAACCCAGCAAUCGGACAGCUGCGCAUGCAGUUCUGGCGAGACGCUGUCAACAACACGUUUGCGGGAAAGCCCCCGAAAGAACCCAUCAUGAUCCUACUACACAAAGUCUUGUCCCAGCUGGCCGAGACAUCGCCCGGCCACAGCCCGAGCUCCAUCAAGUUCUGGCUACUGCGGUUGAUCAAUACGCGCGAGAAGUACAUGGACAACCGACCGUUCACCAGUCUAGAGUCGCUUGAAGAAUACGCCGAGAAUACCUAUUCGACGUUGAUGUAUUCCACAUUGGCUGCGCUGCCCAUGCGCUCCAUGCACAUGGAUCAUCUCGCGAGCCAUAUAGGCAAGGCCUGCGGAAUAACUGCUGUCCUGAGGGGUGUCCCAAUCCUGGCUGCACCUUCACCCUCUGUCAAGUCGCCUGGCGGUGCCGAUGUAGGGAGAGGGAGGAACCCGGUGCUACUCCUCCCGCUGGAUGUUCUAGCAGAAACCGGGGUGAAGGAAGAGGACGUGUACAGGCACGGCCCUGAAGCUGAGGGCCUCCAAGACGCCAUCUUCAAGGUCGCUACGCGAGCCAAUGACCAUAUUAUCACCGCAAGAGAAAUGUUGAAGAAUCUCCGUACCGGGGAGAACCCCGGACAUGAGUACGAGCAUCAGGGCGAGGAGCAGCACGAUUACCAGGAUGCCUCCUCUAGCGAUGAUGGGGUGCAGAUGGACAUACGGCGAGGUUUCAGUGUCCUCCUGGAGGUUAUACCUGCCGCCGAUUACCUGACGCGGCUAGAGGCCCAGGAUUUCGACCCCUUCAAAGUUAAAAGCAGUUGGAAACUCCCGUGGAACUUGUGGCGAGCUCAUAAAACACAACAAAUAUGA